AUGGACACGUCCAAGCGCCUCGCCGACGGAGCGAAAGCGCCGCGCAAAGAGGUCGUCGAGAUCAAGCGCCUCGCCAAGUUCUACGCGCCCGACCGGCCGCCCCGCAAACGACUGCGCACGCUGCUGGACUUUCUCAAGCACCCGCCCGGUACCGAAGUCUCGGGGGGGAACAUCGCCGUGGCCGUUCAGUCGCUGCUGUCGGGCGGCGCGUCGUCGAAGGACACGAGCAGUGCGACGGCGUCCACGACGAGCGCGGGGACCGAACACGUUGCAGCCGUUGCGGACUUUUGGGCCGACGCGUCGAACGCGACGCUCGUGUUUACCGUCGUGAGCGACUGCGUGACGGAACUCGAGACGCUCUACGCGCCGCACGAGACGGCGUUCCGUAAACAGCGCCGCAAGCCGCUGGAAGCCGAAGACUGGAGCGAAGUGUUUGAAGGCAUGGAGGUGCUCUUGCGCAACAAUGCAGCGCGGCUGCGCGACGGCUGGAACACGAACGGCCUCACGGUGCUCUUUGCCAAGCUGCUCAAGCGCGACAACCACGCGAUGAUCAAAAAGUACGCGUUCCGCUGUCUGGCGCUCUAUACCGACGCAACGCGGAACUUGCAGCAGCUCGCGGCCAUGCCAGCGACGAGCACGAUGAGUUUCCAGGCGUCGCGAGCCGGUAGUAUCCGACUUAUGGGCGACGGCGUGGAGAUUGACAUUGACGCCGAAGACGACGACAGUAGGGCCGUGAGUGCGCAGACACAGGCGAUACUGAGUCGCAAGAACAUGCACUUGGAGCUACUGCGCGAGAGCGUCGACUUUUCGCCGUACGGAGGCGGGAGUAUCUUGCUACCGGACAAGUUCUUGAACGAAGGUGUGCACGUAGAAGGCUGGAUGCGGCCAAUGCCGACGCAGGCUGAAGAGCCUGUGGAUAUGUUGAAGUUCCUGAUGGAUUUGAGCUUGGAAAGAGAAGACGUUUCGGGAAAACUCGCGUCCGUGGGCGCAGCGGGGAAAUCCUCGAGUGGAACUAGUGACCGAUUCGUGUUUUGGGCCGAGUUGAUUAUGAAGUUCUAUAUGCCCUUGUUGUACCCCAAGGUGUGUCUCAAGGUAAAGUUGAAAGAGGAAGGCGACACGCUGGGUUUUUUUCAUCACUGUCCAGGCAGCUUCCAGCGAGUUGUUGCACGCUGGAUUUACAAAUUGCGGUCGAAAGAGGAAUGCAUGGAAGUACUGUGGUCACGACGUGAGUUUUCAGAGGUCGUCAUGGAAACUAUCCGCCAACGAUUUGCAUACCGGGACACAGAGUUGGUGGUGGAUGCUAUAAAGUUUUACUCUGGUAUCUGUACUGGAUCGCAGCAUGUGCCAUCGGGCAUGAAAGCUCAAAUGAACGAGGUUUCUCGCGCCAUGAUCUCACACGUCUCGCAGCUGUUUCACCCAUCCGUGCAGCUAGAUGAUUCUAAGAUUCUGCUGCACUGCAUUGAACUCCUUGAGCUCGUUUCCCAGCGGCGACUUGAUGACUACACAUCCACUUACCUACGCAAAUUUGUGAUAUCUACAGUCGAUAAUUGUAUUAUGCUGCGCGAACCGGGACACCGGCAUGUGCUCACUGCAAUGCUAUCGAUCGUUCUGCAUGUUUGGAUGCAUUCAGCAGUGACCACGAAGCCUACAAGCGCACAGGUAUGGAUGGAGUUGACGAUUGCCAUUCGACGGUGGCUUGUCAAUCCUGCGGAUACCAAGGUCGUGGGUGCCGAAAUGAUAAAUUGUUGGAAGCGUGAACUUCGGUUUGCGAGUUGUUUGCUCAUGUACGUGAUGGACAAGGGGUAUUCGUACCUGAAAGUCACGCCGGAAGGAGCUUUCUUACUGCCUCAGAAUGAUGGUGCAGGAAAGAAUGAUAGGGCACCGGGAAGCGGUAAAACGUUGCGCGAUCUCAAGCAGGGGUAUCUUCAGUCGUCAGCCAACUUUUUGAUGAUGACAGUGGUAGAUACACCCGGCGCAACGCUGCUGCUUGACCGUGUACUGCAUCUCAUUCCCCCUCCAGCGGUGUCGGCUCUGACGCCUUCGAUGCAUCUGAAUGUGACUGAAGGCAUGCUGCAGCUCGUGGAACUCUGGAUCGAGUCAGCGAUCGAGGCACAGCGAAGCCAGCCUUCAGAGCUGCAGCGAAUUAGUCCGUCGACGGUCCUUGCGCUGUUCGGCGAGUGGUUCUUGCCUGCAUGCGAGCUGGAUGCAGGAGACUACCAGCCGUCUCGUUGCAUUGCAAUUGUAGCCCUCUGCAAGCUGUGCUCAGUGCGCUGCAUCAAUCCAAUUACUCGCAGCCAUCUUGCCGUCGUCGCCCGUGUCCUAUUCAAGGGAAUUACCUCUCCAUCUGGAUUGGUUGUUUCUACCGUGCUGCAAAAGUCGUCGAGCGUGUUUUCUAUGAAUCUCGAAGGGCUGAACAUACUCGUGCCUGCAUAUUUAUACGCAGUCGAUGCAAUUGUGAUCGGCAACAUCUGGACUCGAGCCGCAAAGUCAAAAGUGAACGCGUCGGACUGGAAUAACGAGCUUAAUGCGGCGCUUGACGUUGUUUUCGCUAUCAUGGAACUGCCAAAGCGAUUUCCAGGUCAAGACUUCGUACGCUGGAAAAAGAAGAUUCAAUGCGUGUGCGGCAUUGAUGAGCUUGCCGUUGUGCAAGGUAUAAUUGGGGAAUUUCCGGAAGCGUUGGACGAUUUCCACGUGAUCAUUGGACGCAUCCUUGUUCGUAUCACCCAGCUUUCAUUUACCGAUGUCGUAAACAUCAAGAAGCGCGCGCUAUGGGGGUUGUAUUGCCUCCUUGUGAUGAACCUAAAACCUGACACGGCCGGAGAAUAUGUAGUGGAUCCGAUUUACCUGUCGGAGUGGGUUGUCCACCUCGUGGACGUAUGCCAAAAUGUGGACUUUUCCAUUUCUACAACCGCACUCACUAUUCUGCAGGACAUGUCAGAUUAUCACGAGGAGAUCAACGCGUUUGAGCCAUCUCUGGUGGUACGAAUUGUCAUGACACUGGCAGUGUUCGCACAGCAACAGGUUGAGGAAGCUUCAAUCGAGGUGCAGGCAGCGAUGGAACGCAUGGGUGCAGCCAAUGUGUUGGCUGAUAGCGGUAGCUCUGCCACCAAGUCUGCUUCAUUCACUGGAUCGAGUCUUGCGGGUGGAACGCAUUUUUCGUCUAGUGGAGGUGGGCGUCGUGGAAGCGACAAUGCUAGGGCUAGUCGCGUGGAAAGCCCGAGUCCGAGCAACUCCACGGAAGCCACAGAUGCGUUCAGUAAACUGAGAAGCAAGCUGAAGCCGGGGACCCCAAACGCCCCAUCAUCUACGCCGUCCCCCCCGGUGGACGGUCCUGCUAGCGCUCCAUCAUCGUCGACGGCUGUCCAACGAGAGCAGGACAUUCCGGCCCUUCGUCUGAUUGUACAGAAAACCAGCGCAAUAUUCGAGUGUCUUCGUUUCUGGAUAAUGCAUCGAGCCGAGGUACUUCAAGAUGCUGAUGUGAAGAAACUGAUAUUCGGUGCGAUUGAAGCCGCCUUGGUAGGCACACUUCCAGACGGAGAGUGGCAGCGCGAGGUAGAACGUGCACGCACACUCGAGCGGCGCAUGUCGAUGCCGUUAUUGUUUUUAGGUUUGCAGAUGCGUGCGUCACUUGACAACGAGCCUGGCCAUGUCUGGCUGAAGUGCUUUGAAGAGACUGCAGUUGCUGCCGAGGGACUUCUGAUGCACUUGCUUCACCACAUCAACGGAUUCCCGUCACCCGCAGGUGUUGAUCAAAUGGUGUCUGAUUGUUCUGAGCUGUCCAAGUCAGAUGGUACGCCUGACGGUGGAGACAAUGAGACGCCACCUGGCGCCUUAAGCUUUGUCUUCAUGGAUUCAAUCGUGUUCAGUGUUAUUGGCAGUCUCGAUUCGCCAUGCGCACGGUUUAUUGUGAGAGAUAUGACGGGUCUGUUUACGUGGGAGACAACACCAGCUGUGAUAAAUGGACGAGGCCAUUCCUUUAUCGAAGAAUCUUCACUCGCAAGUAGCAGCGCACCCGUAGAAAUCGAGUCGAUGAUUGAGACGAAUGUGCGGGAGACGAACACACUGACACUGCACAGGCCGACUGGCGCUGUGCAGGUAAAAUUUAAGAGCGUCGACGACGAUAGCGGAACAUGCAAGAUGUGUGGAGGAGAAAAAGCUUUGACAAAGCCUGCUUCGUCCGACGCGAAGACUGGGCGUAAUUUGAUAAAGCUUGAGGCCUGCCAGGUCUCUUGGGAACAUGAGCGAGAUACGCUCUCUAACAACGUGUGUCCAGUGAAGAGUAUGUACGUAUUUCAUGAGGAUGGGACGGCAUCUACGAGCGCAAGUGCUAAAGAAAGCGGCGAUGUGAAAAAGAAAGACAAGUCACGCUCGUCUGAGAUUGAAAAGAUGCCAGUCGGAGGAAAUAAGGACGACCGUCAGGAGCGACUGGAGCGCAUCGCAAAGCAGAACGAGGAGCGCAAUGCGACGGGCGCUGCAUCACAGCCUACACUAGAAUCGCAAACGACGGCGUGCCAAUGUCCGCUGCAAACGGAAUCGAAGUUUAAGCGCCGUACCACGACUACUAUCUGCGGUCUCUUCGACAUGUCGAUAAAUGAGUCAAACGUUGGCAGUUUAGACGAUGAGCGGUGUCUGCUGGAUCUUGUGCUGGAUAGUAUUCCUAUGGUGUUUCGCGAUUGCGGUGGUGAUACGACCGACAAGACCCUGUUGGGUGGACGCUAUUCGAUGAUGCGGUACAACUUGGUCGACUUGUCGCCCCCUUUGAGUCCUCUGCUGAUGGAUUCGGCCGAAGCUCCUGGAUUCUCAUUUUUGCAACGGCUUAUUCAUGACGAAGAGUGCUAUUCGCAGCUGAGGAACUUCUUGAUAAAAGACGAGAAUGUCGAGGGAAAAGAGCUUGUGGACUUUUGCGACGCAGUCAAGAAAUACGAGCGCUCAUCGAUUUCAACAGACCGUCUGGGUCAGGCUAGUGUCAUUUAUUGGGAAUUUCUGACCGUCGAAGGAGGUAAAAAGAUCACUUUUCCAACCGCUGUUGUCACGGACAUUCAAACCCAGAUUCACCAAGCCCAAGCAGCCCUCAGAGUAGCAGCGAGAGAGUCGUCUGAUCCUGCAUUUUCUCUCCCUGGCUCACUGUUUGAGCGCGCCAUGGCAUUUGUCGAGUAUGAAUGCUUUAGCAAGUCGGGUUUACUGGACAAGUAUGUGGCAGCACUGGAUCAACCGCCUGCAGCUUCGACAGCAGCUGGCAACAGCAAAAGCUCUAGCUUGCCGUCGAUCCCGCCCCAACUCGCGCUUUUCGACGCGUUUUCGAUAAUGGAAGUUAAUGCCAGAGUGUCCCAUUUGGCUCUACAGAAGCGGAACGCGGACGAACAGUUGAUGCGGAUGACGAAGCCCGGUGUGAUAGCGGCUGAACGAUUGAUUGAAAGCUCACAGAGUGGCCUGAAGGACAGUCGUGUGAGUGCUCUUGAUAUUUGUCGGCUGUUCCUGUCACAGGCUGGACUGUUGCCGUCCCUCGAUGGCGAUUCUAAGAAGAACUCGAGACUCAAGCUGCUUGAGCACGGACCAAAGCUUGAGCGGUCACUGAAGCACUUGGACAAGAGCCCGACACGUGAGACCAUGAAGAUCGGUGUGAUUUACGUGGGCAAGAAUCAGCACACGCAGCAGGAAAUUCUUCACAAUGAGAAGGGUAGUCACGCUUACGAGAAUUUUUUGUCACAACUCGGCUGGAAGGUAGAUAUGCCGACCCACCGUGGUUUUGUAGGUGGCUUGGACACAAACCCUAGAAGUUUGUCGAACGGAAAAACGACGCUGUAUUACGCAAGCUCUCACAGCGAAGUGAUAUAUCACGUCGUGACAAUGAUACCGACGAAGCCGUCUGAUCCGCAGCAGAUUGACAAGAAACGGCAUGUGGGUAACGACUAUGUGCACAUCGUCUGGAGUGACAAUGCGAAUCAGAGCUACGAUCCGUCAACUAUUACAAGCCAUUUCAACGACGUACAAAUUGUUAUUUAUCCCCUUCGCAAGUCGCAACGUGGCUUAUUCCUGAUCAAGGUCCAUGCUAAGGAUAGGGUGCCGCCUUUCGGACCGCUGCAGUCUGGCAUGGUGAUUCAUCAGGUCGAUCUAGCUCGACUUGUGCGCCAGACGGCGAUGAACGCAAAUCGAGUGUGUCGCUCUCAGACCAUGUUGUACGUGCGCCCGUACCCUACGCGAAAAAAGCUGGUGGACGAGAUCGUCGAACGGUAUGCCAUCGAGUACAAGGAGAGUCAACUGCUAACCAUGCUGCUCGGUAACUCCACAUUGAACCAUGCUUCAGCACCGACUUUGUCGACUGAUGCUGAAGGAGUCUAG